AUGGCGCAGAACAGCUCGAUGGUUUCUCACCAAGCAACCCAAUCGGGGAAUUCAUCAAACUCCAUGGAUCAAGCCUACGGAACAGAUGCUAUGGUCAUCUGGAAAAAAUGUGUACAUGAGGCCAGCCAAGAAGAUGCCUUGGUGAUCGCCGUGGUCCAUCCCAAGCAGGAACAGCGUGUGAAGGACAGUAGACGGAGCAUGCCUAAGUCGACAUGCGCUCGUCGCAUCUUCAUCUGCGGACCGAGCGCACUCCAGGAUAUCAUUGAACAAGAGGUCAACAACAAACGUCGCUCCCAAUUCACACAACUUCACAUCGUCGUCAGCUCUGCCAUCGAAUCGAUCUACUAUCAGGUCACCUCCGUCAUCAAGGAGUUCAACGUUCGAAUCUACGGCGCUAUUCGGGGGAACAUACCAUGCAAACUUCUCGUCGACGAGAAAUCGACAUUCUGUGACGUGCCUGUCCAUCGCUGGGGUUACGAUAGGGUCGGCAGCCAUGUCUAUCUGCCCGACCCCGGUAUUUAUUACCCGGCUCUGAAGGCCAUUGCCGAUUUAAUGCAGAGUGCUCUGAACACUGUGUGCUUCAGAGGGAAUACCGCAGUAACAGUUGAAGAAGAGGAGAAACUCGCGAAGAUCGAAAGGAAAAUGUCAGAGUUCCAGAAGUCCUCAGGCACGUCUGCCUCAGCAGAGAGUUCAACCCCCGACGGCGACGACCCUCGCGGUGGUCGUGGCGGACUCGACACGUUGAAGGCAUUGUUUGCUGCCAUCAUAGGGCUGGCAUCUACGACGGUCGGAGCAGGUGGUGUCAUUUGGGCCAACAUGAGCGGCGUGUUCAUCUCUGGACCCCUGGGAUUCUUUCUAGCAACCGGCCAUUUCAGUGCUGGUGUUGCUGGGGCGGCUUAUUGCGCCGGCGUGGGCCUCGGAGCAGCAGCAGCUGGGUCUACGUAUUUGAUUGAUUGGGCACAACUGUGGAGGUGGCUCAGGGCCAAGCUUGCAUGGGCCUGGGAGAAGAUAGCAUUCAACGAUCUUACCACUCAUCGCACAACUGUCAUUUACUCAAACCCCAAACCUCACACAUACAACCAAAUGUCACAGCCCUCAAUUUCCCCCCUCACAACCCUCCUCAACCGCCUCAAUCCCCUCCUCCACUCCCUCCGCAAUCGCUCAACCCUACCAACCCUCCUCACCACCCUCGCAACGCCCCUCCUCCUCUGGGCAGCCUACCGCGACUACCGCGCCUACAUCGCCCUCGGCCCCGGCGGCGUCCCGCACAAUGCCCUAGGCUGGCUCCUCGUCACCCUCGGCCUCCGCCCCUUUGCCCUCUCCAAAAGCUCAGCCACCUGGACGGGCGAUUACCCAGACCACGGAUCCCACGCCGAGAUCCGGGAUCUACCUGAGAGAAAGGGGGAGAGGGCGGAGUUGGGCGGGAUCGUGCCGCAUCGGCAGUUGAGUCAGCAUGCGCCGGAGAAGAUGAGAGGGUUCAUCGAAAACCUCUUCGCCAACGCAGUAACCCAAAACCCCUCCCUCCUAACCACAAAGCUCUCCCUCUACGAACGAAACAACCCAGCCCUCUUCCUCCACCCCCAAAUCCUCUCCUCUCUCUCAUCUUCAUCCUCAUCCACCCCCGUCAUAGCCCGCGGCGAAAUAGCCCACCACCACACAGACCUCUCCAUCCACCUCUACCUCUCCCCCGCGGACGCCAAACUAGCCAUCCAAAAACGCUGGGCCGAGCGUCACCGCCUCUCCCUACCCAAGGGCUCAUUCCUGGCGAACAGGUUGCAUCUGGCGGAUUCGUAUCUCAUGGUCUACGGCCCUCGGGAUGAAGAAGAGAUGGAGGUGUUGGCGGAGUUGCUGAGGUGUGGGGUGCGGUUCAUGACGGGGAAGGAGGAUGUUGGGGUGAUUGAGUGGCGGGGGAAGAUUAACGCGUGA